CAAAGCCAUGAGGAGUUAUAUGCAGGGAAGGGGCACCUUGCUGCUGGAAUUAACAAUUUCCGCCGGAAAUUCUAACUUCAGAAGGAAUAUUUUGUGUUUCUGCUGUUCUAGUCCUGAACUUUUUCGAGGUUUAAUACUUCAAAACAUAUUCUAGCAUUUCUGAUCCUCCAGUCUCCAUUCUCGAAUGACUACAGCUAAAAAUCGUAAACUUCCUUUUAGUAUCUGACAAAUGCAUAACGGAAUGAUGUACACAACUUCGGGAUUAUUUGAUCGUUCCUUUGUCUAAUAAAAGAUAUUGUUUUCGCAUGAAAACACUGAUUAAUAAUUAACCUUAGCAGAACCUCUGACGCUCUGCCAUACACGGGUUUUUACUGCAGAUACAUCGUUAAUAUUGAUUAUGCUUUGAACACGAGAAGAAGAUGCUAUAAAUAAUGAUUGUAACCCUGUUCGUAUGAUAUAUCUAUGGUGGAUACCUGAGAAAUAUUUCUUCUAAAUUCAUAGCAGCAUUUUGUUUUCUGCAUUGCCUGGAAUAUUUACAAAAGUACUUUACAUUCGACUUGAACUUUGAGAAAUCUUCAGAUAUUGACAAAAGUCAGAAUUGCUGUUGGAAAUAUUGCAGUAGAAGUAUUUGAAACAAUAUAGAAAUAUAUACCACAGAAAACAAGAACUAUAUCACUUGUGGUUGUAUAAGAAAUCCAGAACAAUGAGUUCUGUGAGUCAUGUAAAGGAUGGCUUGUUUUCUGAUGAGAUGACAAUAGAAAGAAACAAAACUUCAUAUGAUUGUGAUAUCUGUAAAAAGUCUUUCUCUACUCAGAGGAAUUUCAUUAAACACAAACAUAUUUGUAAAGGAGAGAAGCCAUAUCACUGUGAUAUCUGUGGCAAGUCAUUCCCUCGCAAGGGUAACCUAAUUUCUCACAAAUAUAUUCAUACAGGAGAGAAACGAUAUCAGUGUGAUAUCUGUAGCAGAUCUUUCUCUCAAAGAAGCAAUCUUACAUCUCAUAAAUACAUUCACACAGGAGAAAAACGAUAUCAGUGUGAUAUCUGUGAUAGAUCUUUCUCUCAAAGAGGUAAUCUUACGUCUCAUAAAUACAUUCAUACAGGAGAGAAGCGAUAUCACUGUGAUAUCUGUGGCAAAACAUUCUCUCAAAAGAGUACCCUUACUUCUCACAAAUAUAUUCACACAGGAGAAAAACGAUAUCAGUGUGAUAUCUGUGGAAAGAAAUUCCUUCGUAAGAGUACCCUUACUUCUCACAAAUAUACUCACACAGGAGAGAAGCGAUAUCACUGUGAUAUCUGUGGAAAGUCUUUCUCUCAAAAGAGUACCCUUAAUUCUCAUGAAUCCAUUCAUACAGGUGAGAAACCAUAUCAGUGUGAUAUCUGUGGAGAAUCAUUCUCUCACAAGAGUACGCUUACUUCUCACAAACUUAUUCAUACAGGAGAGAAACAAUAUCAGUGUGAUAUCUGUGAAAAGUCAUUCCCUCGCAAAAGUACGCUUAUUUCUCACAAAUAUAUUCAUACAGGAGAGAAGCAAUAUCAGUGUGAUAUCUGUGGAAAGUCAUUCCCUCGUAAGAGUACCCUUACGUCUCAUAAAUACAUUCACACAGGAGAGAAACGAUAUCAGUGUGAUAUAUGUAGCAGAUCUUUCUCUCAAAGAGGUAAUCUUACUUCUCAUAAAUAUAUUCAUACAGGAGAGAAGCGAUAUCACUGUGAUAUCUGUGGAAAGUCAUUUUCUCAAAAGAGUACCCUUACUUCUCACAAAUAUACUCACACAGGAGAGAAACGAUAUCACUGUGAUAUUUGUGGCAAAACUUUCUCUUUCAGAAGUAAUUUUGCUUCUCACAAACUUAUUCAUAUAGGAGAGAAACGAUAUCAAUGUGAUGAUAUUGGUGACAGAUCUUUUGGUCUAAGUUAUAAUCUUACUUCUCAUAAAUAUACUCACACUGAAGAGAAGCCACAUUGCUGUGAGAUAUGUGGAAAAUCAUUCUCUGAAAGCAAUAAGUUAGCUGAUCACUUUGAGGUCUGUGGAAAGUCAUUCUCUUUGAAAAGCUCCCCUGUGUCUCAUGAAUAUGUUCAUAUGGGAGGGAAACCAUAUCACUGUGAGUUCUGUGGCCAGUUAUUCUCUGGAAAAUAUGUGUUAGCUGAACACAGACGUAUUCACACAGGAGAGAAGCCACAUUGCUGUGAUAUCUGUGGUAGAUCGUUCUCUCAGAUCGGUAAUUUGAAUAGACACAAAUCCAUUCAUACAGGAGAGAAACCAUAUCAGUGUGAUAUCUGUGGUAAAUCAUUCUCUCAGAGAAACCACUUAACUAGACAUAAACAUAUUCAUACAGGAUAAGGUUAAUAGGACUGUGUUGUCUGUGCUAAAUCAUUCUUCUUGAGUCUUGAGACAGCAUUCACCCGGGGUGGGUUGAGCUGGCUUCAUUCAUCCUCAAUGCUGCAUCUCUCACAAACACCGACCAGACCUGGCGAUUUGAGGCUAAGGACUGCAUGAUCUCAAACCACUCCUUAUUCUAGCGGUGAACGCCAUAGAUAUGGGGGCCUAUGUUGAGUUCCAGAUCAGCCUUGACUGUCAUCAGCCAGGUUUUCCGUUGUCCACCACAUCGCUUUCGCCAACCCUGAAGGGGAGCUGGGGCAAUUGCUUCGUAGAUAAAUUCUCCUGGUUGAUGAUGGAGGGUCUGACCCAGCCAACGCAGACGUCUUGUUAGGACGACUUGUUGGAGGGAGGUGAUUUUGCACUGGUGUCGCACCGAAUUGUUGGAGACAAAGUGAUGCCAUCAGACACGAAGGAUGCAGCGUAGACAGAGGUGAUCGAAGGAUUCUAGUCGCUUAAUAUCUUCCACCCUAAGUCAUUCUUUCAAUAAUCUACCUUAACUAAACAUAUACUUAUUCAUAUUGAUCAAUAACAAUAUCAAUGAUAAAACAGAUGUCCUGCUGAAUAAAAUACAGCAAAUGUAUUACUUUUUACAAAAUAAAUUCAUUUUUCACAUUUUCCUCAUUUGCAUCAACUCACUAA